AUGGCGCUGCCGGCCAGUCUGGUGCCCCUGUGCUGCUUGGCACUUCUGGCGCUGCCGGCUCAGAGCUGCGGGCCGGGCCGGGGACCGGUCGGCCGGCGCCGCUACGUGCGCAAACAGCUCGUGCCGCUGCUCUACAAGCAAUUUGUGCCCAGCGUGCCCGAGCGGACCCUGGGCGCCAGUGGGCCGGCUGAGGGGAGGGUGACAAGAGGUUCUGAGCGCUUCCGGGACCUGGUGCCUAACUACAACCCCGACAUCAUCUUCAAGGAUGAGGAGAACAGUGGUGCAGACCGCCUGAUGACCGAGCGUUGUAAGGAGCGGGUGAACGCGCUGGCCAUUGCCGUGAUGAACAUGUGGCCCGGAGUGCGCCUACGGGUGACCGAGGGCUGGGACGAGGACGGCCACCACGCGCAGGACUCACUUCAUUACGAAGGACGUGCCUUGGAUAUCACCACAUCCGACCGCGACCGCAACAAGUAUGGGUUGCUGGCGCGCCUGGCCGUGGAAGCCGGCUUCGACUGGGUCUACUACGAGUCCCGCAAUCACGUCCACGUGUCGGUCAAAGCCGAUAACUCCCUGGCGGUCAGGGCAGGCGGCUGCUUUCCGGGAAAUGCCACCGUGCGCCUGCGGAGCGGCGAGCGGAAGGGGCUGCGGGAACUGCAUCGCGGAGACUGGGUGCUGGCGGCAGACGCGGCCGGCCGGGUGGUGCCCACGCCCGUGUUGCUCUUCCUGGACCGGGACUUGCAGCGCCGGGCCUCUUUCGUAGCGGUGGAGACCGAGCGACCCCCGCGCAAGCUGUUGCUCACGCCCUGGCACUUGGUGUUCGCGGCUCGGGGGCCAGCGCCCGCACCAGGCGACUUUGCACCAGUGUUUGCGCGCCGGUUGCGCGCGGGGGACUCGGUGCUGGCGCCGGGCGGGGACGCCCUUCGGCCUGCGCGCGUGGCCCGCGUGGCGCGGGAGGAAGCCGUGGGCGUUUUCGCACCGCUCACAGCUCACGGGACGCUGCUGGUCAACGAUGUCCUGGCCUCAUGCUACGCGGUUCUGGAGAGUCACCAGUGGGCGCACCGUGCCUUUGCUCCCUUGCGCCUGCUGCACGCGCUGGGGGCGCUGCUUCCGGGCGGGGCCGUCCAGCCGACUGGCAUGCAUUGGUACUCUCGGUUACUCUAUCGCUUGGCUGAGGAGCUGCUGGACUGA